UACCUUAAGUAUAACCUUGUUUGACAGUGUCAGACCACUGGCAGGAAUCUAGGUAAGGAGCUCUUUUUUUUUCUACGCCCUCGCGGGCAGGCGGUGACAUACCAUCUGCCUCCCCCGACUGGGCAGUAUUAUUUUCCCCAUCACUUAUCUUUCGAUAACCUCGCAAACCUGCCCCCGUCCCCCAUCUGCCUCCCCCCGUUCCCCCUCGAAUUGAUUCCGGCGCGCCGCAGGCGAAGGAGCUGUCUUGAACGAUACAGCGAUGACUUCGUCCCACGCUGCCGCUACCCAUGCUGGUCCCCAGCUAGCUCACCCUCCUGCCUCUGCACCCCUUCGCCCUCCGCUGCCAAGCAUACCGCCCGCAGCUGAUCCUGAUCCCAUGUCUGCCGGUGGUGUUGCUGCUGCUGCUGCUCCCGCUACUACUAUUACUACCUCUCCCUCUGCUCCCGAUUCGACGGCGCCGAUGCCACUCUCCGAUCACCCACCGCACGGCUUCUGCGAUGAUCCCCACGAGGUCCAAUCCGUGCCCUCACCGCCGACUGUCUCCCCCCUUUCCACCCCGGCCGCUACACACGUGAACAUCGACGAUGACGAGGAUCGCCAUGUCCCUGGAGUCUCCGCCGAGUCGGUUCCCGCGACCAAUGGUGCUACCGAACCUUCUUCGACGGCCCAGCCAGCCUCUGCCAGUCUCAAGGCUGCGGGUGAAGUCUUUGCCGGCAAGCUCGAACCCGCUCGUGCGCCUGGGCAGUCCGCCCGACCGCGCAACCAAGUAGAAGCUAUCGCUACUACCGAUCCCGACCCGGCCAAUAUCGACUAUUCGACUCGCCCCCUGGCCGGUACGAUGAGGCAGGCUCAGGCUACUGUUGAUCCCAACCUCUACAUGAUGAAUCUUGCCCAGGCCACCUCGGCUCUCUUCCAGAACCCCGGGCCGUCCAUCGUGGCCCCUUCCGAGGUCUCGCUUCAGGCCUCGUUUACCCAAGAGAGCGACGCCCUGACCACCACCGCCGACCGUACCUCCACGAGUCUCAGCCAGAAGCUGGAAUCCUUUGCUAGGAUCGAGUUCGCCGACAGCGUUUUCCAGAUGACGACAUAUGCCGUCGUGAUCGGCCGAGACCAGAGGGCUAUGGACCAGGCCCGGAGGGACGAGAAGCGAGAAUUAAACUACAGGCGGAGGGUGGAGGAGAAUGCGAGAAACGGCUUGCCACCCCCGACGCCCCUCAACUUUGACCGUGGAAAGUUCAGCAAAUCCUAUGUCAGUGAGGAGGGCGGCAUGCUCGGGCCCGAAUCGGACGGAGAGGACAAUGUUCGACCGGCCAAGAAGCGCCGGCCCAGCUCCGGCAGCCGAUCCCACGACGGCGACGAAGAUGCACAAAGCGACCACGUCAAGUCCAACCGCCAAUACGUUUCUCAUACCCCCGGAGCCGCGGCCGUCGACCUGGGUACGCUGCAGCCCUCGCCGUCGCAUGUCCCCUUUGUCGGCAUCCAUUCGCCCGGUCCCGAUAUCGCGAGCAAGACGCGCGGCAUUUCGAGACGGCAUCUCAAGAUUGAGUUCAACGAGAAGAAGGGCGUGUUCGAGGCUAUCGCGCUGCACAAGAAUGGCUUCUUUUGCGAGGAUGCGCACUACGGGUUGGAUGGUCCGGUUACCUUGCGGAGCGGCGACCGACUCCAGAUUAAGGACGUAGAAUUCACAUUCAUCAUCAAUGGGGUCCAGCCGGGCCAGACCGGCGGCGAGGAAGAGUACCAUGAAGAGGAGACUUCUAGCAAGCGCAUGUCGAUUGGAGGAAAGGAGAUGAGCUUUGAUUUCGAGCAUUCCGACCAUGAAAACUUCCAAGAUACAAGCGAGGAGCUAUCGGAGAUUGAGAACGUGCCAACCCCCGCCAUCGUGUCUGAUGAUGAAGAUGACGAAGGUGACAACGAAGCCGCUGUGGUGCGGUCCGACGCCGGCGACGAGCCGAAGACUGCCGCCGCCCAGCCAACCGAAGCUCCCCCAGGCGUCCUCCAGCCCGAGUUUACGGCACCGGAAAUACCCAAGCGCCGCGGUCCAGGCAGGCCGCCUAAGGAUGGCAUCAUGUCCAAGAGAGAGCGACGCCUAUUAAAGAAGCAGAUGCAGGAGACCUCCAAGAAAACCAUACCCCAAGAGCCGCAGGGCGAGAAGAUCAAACGGCCUGUUGGUCGACCUAGGAAGAACCCCUUGCCCGAAGACGGAGAGAAGCCGGAAAAGAGGAAGUAUAACAAGCGCAAGCCCAAGGAGGAAGGCGAGGAAGGUUCCGAGGCCGAGAAGCGGGCAAGAGAGAAGAAGGAGAAGAAAGCCCGACCAAAAUCACCGCCUCUCGAGCUCCGAAAAGAAGACUUCACCGAGGAGCAGUUGCAAAAACCCACCAAGAAUUACGGUGUUCUGAUCGACGAGGCCUUGACCAACGGCCCCCCGGAUGGCCUAACCCUGAAGCAAAUCUACAAGAGGAUUAUGUCGAGGUAUCCGUGGUUCUAUUUCUCUGCGGAGACGAAAGGCUGGGAGAGUAGUGUUCGCCACAACCUGAUCGGGAACGAAGCGUUCAAAAAGGCCGAGGGAACUGGGUUGUGGUCUCGCGUCCCCGGCGUAGAGCUCGACGCCGGGAAGAAACGGAAAGCGAGCUCGCCCGAUCGACAGCUCGGGUCGGCACAUCUUCUGAAUGCUCAACAACAGUACUACCAGAAUGGCGGUUCCUACUUACCGACGAACGCCCUCGGCUUCACGCCAGGCAUGCCAAAUUACGCGACCAGCACAAAGCAGCCGCAAACGGGAUUCCAACCUGCUACGAGCCAGCCAGCUCUAGCUCAUACAACUACAGUCACACAGCCGACCACGCAACAAGUAUACCCUGCCCAGGCACAGGUGCCGGCGCCGGCGCAGCUACCCCUGGGAUAUCUCUCUCGACAACCGUCGAAUGCCCAGCAGAGUACUUAUAAUUCGCCCUACGCCAAACUGCCGCCUCAAAACAGCCCGCCGAUCAAGUCGGAGGUCCCCGCAGUGCCCAGCCCACAGGUCUCGCCGGCGGCGCCUGUCCAAGUACCCGCGGCAUCAUCUCUGUCUCCGAACCAUCACCUGCCUCCGUCGAAUACGCUCCAUCCUAACACCACCUCCCGAUCGCCUCUGUCGCCAGAAAUUGAAAAGGCGAUUGCCCAUUUUCGGUCCAGUAUGCUGAAUGUCCUUACGAAGCAGACGAACCACGCGGCGCAAAUUGUCGAUUCGGCGAUAGGCCGUGUCCGGGGCUUGCCGGUGCAAGGUGUGCCUGUUGGUUUUGAAUCGAUAGAAAAGUCCCUUACAAAUGCGAUAGAAAACAUGGUAAGUGAGAUGCGGCCCAAGCAACAGCCACAGGCAACUUCGGCCUCCCCCGCCCCUGUUACGUCUACUGUUGCGGGACCAACGCCGACCCCGAGCAUGCCUGCUUCGAAUCCGGCACCGACGCCAACACUCGCAAUGGAGGCGGAGAUACAAAGGAGGAUCGCCAGCUUCAGGCGCACCAUGCUCCUCGCUCUGAGGGAGAAAACCGACCAGGCUGAGGCCAUUAUAGAUUCAGCCAUCAGCCGCGCACAGGGCCUGUCGAACACCGGUCUAUUCCAGGGAUGGGAGGAAGCCGACAGGUUGAUGGCUAGGUCUGUCGUCCAGAUCAUCGCAGACGCCCGUUCAAGCUACGGGGCCUCAGCCCAACCUACCACACCCACGUCGGCCACAACCUCUCAGCCAAUCCAUCCGUCCCACACGGCACAACUGCCAGGUCAAGCCCCUUCCGCAUCGCCUGCUCCGGCUCACGCGCCUACGUCCGCAACGAGACUAGGACAGACAAAUCCCAAUACCGUAGCCCCUACGCCUAACCCGCACUCGCCCCCGGCGCCGGUGACUACCCCAAGACCGACACCGCCGUCCGCUUCACGCCCCGGCAUCUCUAUCCAGCGUCCGAGCCCAAUGGGUUUGACACGCCCGGGGGUUAAUUCAAUAGCUCGCCCCCCCGUCGUCCGUAGAGGGUCGGCAAUUACACCAACCUUGCCAGGCCCGAGUGCACCACCGCCGAUGCAUAAUAUAUCUAACCCGGCGCCGCCGAGCGCGGGUGUUAUGGAUCAGAUUGCAGGACAAAAGCGUCUACACGACGACGGGUACAGUACUAGCAACGGGGGUGUUCUACACUCAGAGGUAGCUGGCAAGGCGCUCGCGCCCGCUGCGAUGCCUAACAUAUCGAGCGCGGCGCCACCUAGCGAAGGGGUCAUCAGUCAGAUCGGACAAAGACGACUGUACGAGGGCUCUCUCAACGGGAACGGCGGCCAACACCACCAGCAACCGCCCGAACCGACCCCCCGCGCGAUGCCGCCCACGGCCCCGCCGAGCAUCUGCAGCCCGGCGCCGCCCAGCGCGGGCGUCGUGGACCAGAUCGCGGGCCAGAAGCGACCGCUCGACGAAGGGCCCGGCGGCAGCGGCAACGGUUCGGAGCAGCCCGAGGCGAAGAAGAUCGCCAUCUCGCCCGCGUGAGGCGAGGGACGGUAAGGGGAGGGGAGAGGAAGCGGUGAGGGGCUGCGGCCAUUAGCUCUGGGAAUACGGCUACACCAGGGGAAGGGCGCGAGCGGCCAGUCCUCGUAUGUCGUAACAAGUGUUGCUUUGAAGCCUGCGGUAGGACGAGGACGAGGACAGGAUGGGACGAGACGGGGUGAGCAUGCGGAGAAGAGUAAUUAACAAUUCACACACAUAUUUGACGAGCUGCCUACCUCCUCUACCUCCCC